AUGGUGGAGAAUGGCAGUGGGACAGAUACAGCGGCCAGGUCGACGGUGCUUCCGACUUCUUCAGUGGGUGGUGGCGUCGGCGACAAACUGAACCGACGACGGUUGCCAACAAUGACGACCGUUCGUGGGAGAUGGUUUACCUUUGUAGGAGAAGAAAUUGAGCAAAGAUGGGUUAUGCCGGAGGAGCUCUGCUGCCGCAGAGGGAAGGAACGCUGGAAGAGGGGUGAACGAUCCGGAGAAGGGACGAGCAAUGAGGGGUGGUUUUGGGUAGCGUUCACAGAAUACGAAGGGGGGAAGACAGAAGCGAGGAGUGUAGGAGUCGAUCGCUAA